AUGGGGUUUCCAGGGAGGUUUAUAGCCUGGGUGGGCUUAUUAUAUGAUUCAUUGAUCAGUAAGAUCCUAGUAAAUGGGCAUUUAUCCAAAGCUGUUAAUAUACUCAGCGGAGUCCGUCAGGGGUGUCCUUUAUCUCCCCUUUUGUAUGUGGCUUGUAUUGAGCCACUGGCACAGAUCUUGAGAAGGGACAAAUGGGUCAAAGGUUUUAACCUACCAGGGACUGGGGGACUGACAGCUACCUGUGUUUUAUAUAUGGACGACGUCACCCUUUUAACGACUGACCUUUUAACGGCCCGAAGAGCAAUGGAUCUGACCGACUGGUUCGGUCGGGCCUCAGGGGCAAAACUAAAUAGGAACAAGUCUGAAGCCCAGCUCUUCGGGCCGUGGGGCGACAUUAAUACAGGGGAACUGGACAUAGCUUUUAAACGCGACGAUCAUUUUAAAAUUUUAGGAGUAAAUUUUGACAGAGAGGGGGGAGGUCGGGGAAAUUGGAAAGAGAUAUUAGGGAAAGUCAGGCAAAGACUGGGGUUUUGGGGCUUGAGAGGGUUGACACUUGAGGGCAAAAUCUUGAUUUUUAAAGCUGUGAUUUUACCCUUAAUGUCACUUGUUUGUUCUGUUUUUAGCCCACCGAGACGGUUCUUACUGGAGUUGGAGAGGGCGGUCUUUUACUUCCUGUGGGGGUCCAAAUGGGAACGUAUCAAGAGAGAAGUUGUAAAGAAAAGACCGGAAAACGGUGGAAAAGGCCUCCCGGACCCCCACCUGUUCUUAGCGAGCCGUUUCACCGCCCUCCAUUUUAAAUAUGCUACGACCCCAUCCAGAGAGAACAAAACUGCAGCCAUGGCAAGGUUCUGGAUGGGGUCGUAUCUACGCACGUUAAAAGUUUUAACCCCUGACUUGACAACUCCAGUUUCUUUUAACCUCCCAAAAGAAUAUGAUUUUAUAAAGAAAUUUUUAAAGAAGUAUGUUUUAGAGACCAACGAUGUCACCAUUUUGACUAACCACAAGGCUCUCAUUUCUCUUGUUCAGGAUCGAGAGACGGUGAGUCGGGUGCCGGGCCUCACAUUAUGUGAGGCCCAACAAGUGUGGAGAAACGUGGCCCACCCAGCUCUCCAGAACGGACACAAGGACCUGUUGUGGAUGGUGGCACAUGAGAUCCUCCCGGUCAGGGCGGUUAUGCACUCCAGAGGCAUGGCCAAGAACCCCACCUGCCCACGGCCUGGGUGUGGAUGCCCAGAGACCGUGCGGCACCUGCUCUGGGAGUGCGGCGCUGCGCGGGACCUGUGGGCCAGGACCGGCCCCCUGUAUCAUCAGUACCUGCCGGCGGGGAGGGCCCAGAUGGACUACCACCUUUUCAUCCAUGGGGUGGGCCAGGGCGUAAAAGACAUGACAAAACAGGAUUUUACAGCGCUCUGGCUCACCCUGACCGCCAUCAAGGAUGCCAUCUGGGUCUCAAGAAACCUGCUGGUGGGGAAGCAGGUCACGGUACCCCUUCAAGGGACAAAGAGAAUGAUAGCAACCACGCUACAGGGGUACCGUACCUUAACAAGAGGCCAAGGGGGCCGGGGUCAAACGGAGGAGGUCCCGGCCGCCACCGUACCUGGCCGCCCGUAGAUGCACCCUCACCACUCUGGCUACGGGAACAGCGGGCCAGCAGGCCAGAGGAGGGGGAUCUCCGCUAUGCCCCUGAAACACAUGGACUGUGACCGGCCUGGAGAGUUGGUGUGAAUGGAUUUUAUUGUUAAGACUCACCCUCGAUCCGGGACAAAGAAAUGAUUUUAUUUCUUUGUAUUGCGUCUACGCUUUUACAUUGUUUUUACUGGACCGGUUUUAUUCGCUUUUAUCAACGCUGCGCCUGGACUCUCUCGCUUUUAACAUAACACACGCACACACAAAGACUCUUGACACAACAUACACUUUUAUUUCUUCCAAGAACCAAGUUUUUUUAAAGGGAAAUUUUAUGUUUAUUGUCUGUGUUUUAUUGUCUUUUAAAGUGUGCAAAAAUGUUUUAUCGUGUGUUUUGUUUUGCUUUAGUUCCAUUAAGUCCAGUGCUUAGUUAAAAUGGUGACUAGCCAACAAGUUUUAGGCCAGUUUUAUUGUUUUAUUGUUUAUGGUUUUAUUUUUUAUCCUUUAUUUUUAUUGAACAGCCUUGUUUUUUACCCCAUUGUAUGUUUUUGUUUUUAAAAAACGUGUCCUUUUUACAAACAUUAUUGUAUUUUAAGUUCGCACAAAACACCUACCCUUUUAAUUUAUCCUCUGUUUUACCCCUA